UGUUCAGUCGGACGGUGGAUGCUGACUUGAUCGGACGUGUUCUCACGGAAGUUCCCGAGCGCGACCGACAGAUUGCGAAAGCCUUCAGAAACAACAACCGUCGGCCCUUCCUCAAGGAAGAUCUGUGUGCUGUGAUUUAUCACUAAGGGGGCCAAAACACGCGCAACAACGGACAACCCCACAGGACCGGGGGGUGCUUCUCGUGUCUCGGGAGGAAGGUCAGGAUCCACAAAGUUAUCUCAGCAGAGUAACGAAAAAAAAAACAAAAACAAACAAACAAAAACAAAAAACAAAGACAAUACAAAACGCGUGAACGCGUUAUAUGUGUUUAGAACCUACACAAAUCAAAUUUUUGUGUUGAGUUGUUUGUGACACUGACAUUAUAAAAAUUCGAUGCCUUCCAGGGACGAUAUUCGCUCCCUAUCCACUGAGCAACGCUGGAUCCCUCCUUCAACUGUUAGACGCGAUGCACUCACCCCAGAAAGUCGAAAUGAUCUCAUCUUCAGAAAGGUGCGGGGUAUACUUAACAAGCUCACACCGGAAAAAUUCGCAAAGCUGAGCAACGACCUGCUCAACGUUGAGCUUAAUUCCCAUGUGAUUCUCAAGGGUGUUAUUUUCUUGAUCUUCGAAAAAGCACUUGAUGAACCCAAGUACAGUUCUAUGUACGCACGGCUGUGCAAACAGCUGUCAGACGAAGCCGCAAACUUUGAACCCCGUAAAACGAUCGAUGAAAGUCAAAAAGGCCAGAGCACAUUCAGAGUUCUUUUACUUAACAAGUGCAAAGACGAGUUCGAAAAUCGUUCAAAAGCAAGCGAGGCAUUCGAGAAUCAGGAUGAGCUUGGUCCAGAGGAAGAAGAGCGCCGGCAGGUGGCCAAGCGCAAGAUGCUUGGUAACAUCAAAUUUAUUGGGGAACUCGGUAAGCUGGGCAUCGUGUCGGAGCCGAUUUUACAUCGUUGCAUCCAGCAGUUGUUGGAGAAGAAAAGGCGAGGGGGAUCCCGGGGGGACGCGGCAGAGGAUAUCGAGUGUCUCUGCCAGAUUAUGCGUACCUGCGGCCGUAUCCUUGACUCGGAUAAGGGCCGCGGACUCAUGGAUCAGUACUUCAAACGUAUGAACUCUCUGGCAGAGAGCAGUGAUCUUCCUCUACGCAUCAAAUUCAUGCUGCGUGAUGUAAUUGAAUUACGCCGUGAUGAUUGGAAACCGCGCAAGGCCACCAGUACCGAAGGCCCGAUGCCGAUAAAUCAGAUUCGCAAUGACAAUGAGGAGCCAUCGCGAGGAAACGGUUUCCACAGAGGACGCGAAGAUCGCCUCGGUGCUGAGUUUUUACGAAAGAUGGGACGAGGCGGAUUAGACGUGGACAUGAUGGGAAGUAUUCCAUUGACUUCCCCCUCGUUUGGUAUGCCACCACCACCAUUCAGUCCGAAUGGAUUCGCAGGAACUCCUGGAGUUGGCUAUGGCCGCCAUAACCAACGCAAUCAGACAGGAGCGAGCUAUUAUCAAACCCAGAAUCGUCAUCAGAACAAUUACGAAGGCAAACGCAACCAACCGCAACACAAUUUACCGCAGAACUUCAACAACAAUAGCAAUAAAGAACAACUUCGAUUUAAUAAGAACAAAAUGCUGAUUGGAGGACAUCCAGAAGAAGUGUCUCUGAGACCUUCAGCCAAUUCCAUGAUGUUCAAACAAACUAACAUCAACAUGAACUUACCUCUGAACAAUGACUUGUUCCCAGGGAGAGGCUCCGACUUGCCCCUCUUGCGUACUACUGCUCUAAAACCCAGCUCGCCACUAUUGCACAAAGAAACACCGCCUGCUAUUGUGAUCAAGCAAGGUCCCGUAGACAAACGGGAAAAAGCUCGGGAUAGAAAGGACAAGGGACCCACACGGGAGGAAGUGGUGAAAAAAGUGAACGCUCUAAUGGACGAUCUUGCGUCCCACACAAACGUACAGGACGCUCUGGCAGCCUUUAAAGACCUCAAAAUACCCGAGCGUUUCUUACGUCAUGCAAUUUGCACGUUGUACUCAAAUACGCUAGACCGUGGUGACUCCGAACGCGAACUUGCCGCAAAGCUCGUGGCCGAACUGAAGAAGGAAAAUCUACUCACUCUACAGCAAGUGAACGAGGGAUGGAAAGAACUAGUGGCCAGUAUAUCUGAAAAGGAGAGUACCGUGCCUUUGGUAGCGUCUCACGUUGCGUUCCUUACAGCCAAGGCCAUAGUGGACAAUCUAAUCCAGUUGACCGAUCUCGCCUCGGAAACAGAAAACGGUCGUCAUCAUCCGUUGUUCCUGCUGACUCUACAGCAACUUCACAAGACACAGGGCAAGGCAAGAUUGACUCAAAUCUUCAACGACAGCAAAGUGGAUCUCAUCAGUCAGCUGCCAGAAGCCGAAAAAACAAAAGAACGUUUAGGCGAGAUCUUGGAAGACCGCGAACUGACUUUCCUUUAUCCUCUUCUCAGAAUCCAAGGAGACAUGUGGCGUCAAUUAGAAGCCGAUCCAGCGCCCAAUGCUCUUUACAAGUGGAUCAAAGAGAAGCUGGAUCCCCAACAUCAUUCUGAUCCCUCAUUUAUCAAUGCUAUGAUGAAUGUGCUUUUCAAGUACAUCACUGGGGAGACAACACUGGCGCCCGGCGUUGAUCCAACCGUAAAUCCAGACAAACAACUGCAAGAAAAGGAAAGUGCGUUACUGCAGAAAUAUGCACGCUUUAUUCGCACAUUCCUGACUACCAUUGACUCACAAGUUACGGCUCUUCAUGCGCUUCAAGUGUUCUGUUUCUCGCACAAUUUUCCGAAAGGGCUGCUGCUGCGAUGGUUCAUAGCACUCUACAACCUUGAAGUCAUCGAAGAGGAAGCCUACCACAAAUGGAGAGACACCGUUACCGAUGCUUAUCCGGGCAAGGGCAAGGCAUUAUUCCAGGUGAACUCAUGGUUAACAUGGCUUGCCGAGGCAUCGGAAGAAGAAGAAGAAGACGACGAAGAUGAAAAGAAUUAAACGCAGAAGCCUCGGGAGCAUUAUUCAGACUAUGAUUUGUGGAAAUAGGGUUUUAUUGUCUGUAUCGCUGAAUCGCAGGAGAUUUCAGUUUUACUAAUUGAGUUAUCUCCAUCCUCCAGAGUUUUCGAACAUCUUGUCAAGUCUGUCUCAAGCCUUCUCGUGUGAUUGAGGAAAAGGACUUUACAAUCGGAGCAAAAAAACGGAAUAAGAGUUUGUAGCUAAUGAAGAGAGGAGAAGUGAUUACAUGACAGACGUGUUUAAAACAAGAAGUUUUAGAAGUUUUUUAGAUAAUUAUAAAUAUAUCGGUAUAAUUUAUAUAAAAAUAAAAUAAUAUUGGGUCAGCAGAUAUCAAGAUACUCCGCCAUGAUGUGAUCAUCGGUGAAAAAAAAAAAGAAAAAAAAGAAAAAAAAACAGAUAAAAAAGGAAAAAUUAAUCUGGUCGUAUUGGUAUUGUCUAAGUUUUGUCGAGUAUAUUGUGCAUGUAUCACGUUUUGUAAGUCUUUUUUUCAUCCGCGAUAAUAAGUGGUGUCAUUUGUUAUCUCUGUGUACCAAGCAGUACAUUUAUUAUGAAGAAUUAUUAUUAAUAUAUAUUAUUAUUAUUAUUAUUAUUAAUUAUACACAAUUAAUUAUCAGUAAUCGAAAUAUAUCUAUAUCUUUCUAAAUGAAAAAAAGAAAAAAACUAUCGAAAUUAAUGGCACACGAUAAGUUGAGCUAGUAGUGUACGUAAAAAAAAAAAAAGACAAAUCAUGAAGCACUUGGUUUUGAAAAACAAAAGUGAAAAUUCUUAGAUCGCGAUUUAUACAUACUAUACUGUGUUUUUCGAAAGUUAUAAUCGUUCAACUUAAAAGAACAGCAACAAGGAAAGAAAACAAUUUGUGUUUUGACUGUGUAUUCACACACACUUGCUACGCCAUUUAAUUCUAUUAAGUACUAAUUAAUUACAGUUACAAUAUAACAACCAGCAGCCAACAUCACAUCCAUUUAACAUAAUAUAUUUAGCAAACACUAGUGAGACACGACUAAAAAGUUCAUAUUUAAAAAUUAAUAAAAUACGCCUUGGUGUAAUUUAUUACAGAUGGCCCCCUGGUUGUUGUUGCGUUGAUGACCAAACUUACUACCACCUCUCUUUCACUCCACCUUGCAUUUUUCCCGCUUCUUUUAUAUAUAUAUAUAUAUAUAUGUAUAUGUGUGUAUACAUAUAUAUACACAUAUAUAUAUACAUGCUAUGUUUGUCAUGCUGAUAUUUUGUUCUAUAUCGAGCGCGCGAAAGGAUCAGUACGCGCGGACAAUUUGUACCGCGCGUGCUGAUCAAGAGAACGGAUGUAUUUUAUUCCGCGUGUCAUCCCCAAGUGAUCAUGAUAGUUGAAAACCUUCAGACCGGCUCGAGACGCCAAUAAUUAAUAAAUCUGAAGCUCCAUGCAAUAAUUGCGCCGGCUAUGAAAUGGCGCAUAUUUUUUUUUUUUUCUCUUUCGUUUGAAACCGAUAGAGACACUUCCAAUACAUUCUCCAAUAUGUAUAUUAGCCUAUUUUGUUUAUUCUUUUGUGUCUUUUUGUAGUAAACUGACUAGUAUUCUUGUUGAAUAUUUCUGAAUGUAAUUGUAAAUGUAAAAAAAUAAAAAAAAAAAAAAACAAUAUGAAAUAUGUCGCGGUGUCGAGAGAAUUUGGAUGCAACUUUGGUUGUCCGUGUAAUUGUCAUAGAAUAUUGUACAUAUAUAUAUACACGAUACUAUAUAUAUAUAUAUAUAAUCUAUAUCUAUAUAUUCCUGUUGUUUCACAGUUUCUACGUAAUAUUUUACCGCCGGACUGAAGUGUUCUUUUCUUUUUUUUUUCAAACACUUUUGUUUUCUUGUUUAACGAUGAAAAAAAAAAAAAAAAAUACGUACAGGUGGUAAUAACGCAAUCAGAGUGCGUCGUCAGAGUUAAGAUCCGUAGCAUAUCUUGUUUACUCACCGUCAAGCGUUACACAUCCUCAUCAGAUAAAUAAUGUCAUCCGGUACACAUUAUUCACGAACCAGUUUGAUAGAGCACUUAAGACAAUAAUACGUUUAUACGUUGAAUGCUAGCGAGAAUUGGUUUUUUUUUUUUUUUGCAAAAGCGCUAUAUAAUAA